UCAAUGUGUUCAAUUACUCUAUGGUUGAUGGUGCUAUUCGCAUUGUAUGCGUGAUGCGUCUUCGAAACAAUUUAUGAAAAUGUAAACUAAAACUCGAUUUGAAAAUGGGCAGAUCAAAAUUUCCUGGAAAACCCUCAAAGCACGUGAACAGAAAAAGGGUUAAUGUUCUUCCUCCAAAUGGGGAAGCAACUAGCAUCGACGAUUCGGUGACAGUUGCAGAGGAUAAACAGGUUUCUACGACCAGCGAACCAGCCACCCCAACGGUAGAUACCAUUGUUCAAAAUAUUUCACUGAAGAGGCGUUUGACAAGAAACCUACAGAAUUCGAACUUGAGAAAUAAAACUGUUAAGAGGAACCUGAUUUCAAGAAUGUGCAGUAAAAACGUAAUAAAAGGAAACAUUUCUAAUAAAAGGAGUAGAACAAAAAAUGGAAAAGGUUUAGCUCGAAAGUGUUACAGUACUCUCAAAAGUGUUACUCGUUGCAAUCAAAGGGAAACAGGAAACUUAGGAAAAUUCAUUUUACCAAGUAGAAGUGUACACUCAUCCAGAGUUAUUAAACCAAAUAAACGUUUCCUAGAUUUGAAUGAGUCUCUCACUCGCAAACAAAAAAUUCAUAAAAGACAUUGUAGUGAUAAAAAACAAGAUGAUAGUGAAGAAGGAACAAGCAAUGACAGCUGUACAAAGAGUAAUAGCAAAGAGGCAUCUCCAUCUAAUAAUUGUUCCAAUAGGAGGAUUGUUUUGAGACAAGCAAGAUUACAAUUUCAGUCUCAUUCGUAUCCAUCAAACUCUCAAGGACCCUUUUCAAGUACAUCCAACAAUGGGUCAGGGCCUGGAACUGUUACGUGUGGUGUAUGUGGUGCAGUGAGAUUUUAUCGUUUCAUAAAGCAAGCAAGGAAAUUCAAUAUUUACAGCUGUGAAUCUUGUAGAAAGUUUAUUUCAAAAAUGAUCAAACGCCAAUCAUACAGCAAAGGUUCAACCUUAGUAUGCCAUAAAGGUCAAGGAACGUGUCAUGUGCCCCCUAUUGUUAGAAGUCAGCAUUGGAAACUGAUUAAAUGUGCCUAUAGGGCUCGAUGCCCAGCGUGCUGGUUAAAAAUGUGCCUUCGUUCAUUCCAAAUGCCUGUGAAUUUGAGAAAUAAUCUAUCACAACUCUUGCCACCUUUCAUGCAAACACCUGACUCAAUGUUUGGCAACAACUCAUUAUUUUGGUCAUCUAGUAUUAGGUCUGUCGAUGUAAAUUUAAGCAAAGCAGCCACACCUGUAUCGGAAGAAAAAUCUUCUGUGUCAAGGCCUCUAAGAAGCAAUAACAGUAUUACCGUAUCUCCUAACAAUCCUCCUGCAAGUACAGAAAUCAAGAGACAAAAAGUUGAUUUGAAAGGACCCAGAGUGAAACAUGUUUGUAGGAGUGCAUCUAUUGUUCUUGGACAACCUGUCGCUACCUUUUCUGAAACGGAUAGGAGCAAACCUGAGAAAACUGAAGUUGUUAAGGAGAACGCAGGGAUGGAAGAAAAAGUUAUUAUUGAACCCAACAUAGUAUCUGAGAAAAGUAUCAGUUGGAAAGAACCUAAAACAGAUUUGAUUUCCAGUGAAUCUGAGUCGAUAGAUAGCGAUAAGUUUAGAUUCUCUUCUGUGAAUGACGUUUCAAUUUCAGCAUCAAGAAAGGAUAGAAGCCAUAGGAUAACAUCACAAUUCUUAGCAGAGAAUAAAUGCAACGAUAAAAACAGAGUUUCCAAUCAAACUCACCACUCCAUAUCCAUAGAUUUUUGGGAGAAUUAUGAUCCUGACGAUGUUAGCCAGAAUGGAUUUUCAUUGAUUUCUUGUGAAAAAUUUCCUAUGCCAUCCAUUUGUUUUUUGUGUGGGAGUGCCGGUUUGGAGGCUCUCCUCCAUUGUUCAGCUUGCUGCGAACCCUAUCACCCUUUUUGUCUAGAACAGGCACCCCCGUUAGAUAGUUACAAUAUAAAACAGUCCAUGUGGCUUUGUCCAAGGUGUACUGUCUGUUCUUCAUGUAACCAGAGUGACCGGACCAAGGUCAACUGUCAGAAAUGCUACAAGGCUUAUCAUUUGGAAUGUUUGAAUUAUGGAUUUAACACCAAGUGGUCUACAGAAGAGAGACUAACGGUAUGCUCGAAAUGUUUAAGAUGCAAAAGUUGUGGAACUGAAAAUAUAACAAAAUUUGUGGGAAACUUGCCAUUAUGUUUAACCUGUCUAAAGCUCAGGAAAAAAGGAAAUUUCUGUCCACUUUGUCAAAAAUGUUAUUAUGAAAAUGAUUUCUGUUCAAAGAUGAUGGAAUGUGCUAAUUGCAAUAAAUGGGUUCACUCAAAGUGCGAAGGAUUGUUGGAGGAGCAAUAUCAGAUAUUGAGUCUUCUUCCAGAAUCCAUCGAAUAUAUUUGUAAGUUGUGCUCAAAGAAUGAAAUUCCUUUGUGGCGUAAAGCAGUGGACUCCGAAUUGAAAACCAGUUUCAAUAACGUUCUUCGAAUGCUUAGUAAGAAUAAAGUAGCCAGAGAUCUCCUCAAAUGGAGCCCUUUAAACAACAGUACUUCAUCCCAUAAAGCAAUAACAUCAAUCAAAAAAAUUCAGUUCGACGAUCAUGAUAUUAGUACAGGUGUUGAUAUCCAAAACAACAAUAAUAUAGAAAUUGCAUUUCCUUCCAAACAAGCAACUCAGAAAGCUACGAAUAUUCGGACCAUGUUGGAUAUAAAAAAUAAAUUAAACUCAAACGAAUACCAUUCUGUUCGCGAGUACGAUCAGGAGAUGGAAGAAGCCUUAACUCACACACAGUCUGAAGAGAUAGUUAGCAUCUAUCGCUCCAUAUUACAUAAUGUUUUUCCAUGGUAUGAAAAUUCAGAGAAGGAAGAAACUGAACAUAUUUCAGUGAGCAAAAUCAAAGAGAAAAGGGAAGAAAUAUUCAAUGAUAAUAUUGAAAUAAAUUAUUUACCACAAAUUGAAUCAUCAUGUAACGAUACUAGAGUGUGUGGUUUGUGCAAGGGCGUUGGAGAUGGCUUGGGUGAGCAGGAAUCUCGAUUGUUAUAUUGCGGCCAAAAUGAGUGGGUCCAUGCAAAUUGUGCUCUCUGGUCUUCGGAAGUGUAUGAGGAGAUUGAUGGUUCACUUCAAAAUGUUCACGGUGCUCUGUCUAGAGGACGUUCCAUAAAAUGUGCUCACUGCAAACAAAAAGGGGCAAGUGUAGGGUGUUGCUUGAAAGGUUGUUAUGAAACAUUCCAUUUUACCUGUGCGAGAAAGGCAAACUGCAUUUUCCUACAUGACAAAACAGUUUAUUGUGCAUCACAUCACUUGCCUAAAAAUAGUAAUGUGAUAACAACAUCACAUGACUUUGAUAUAAGAAGAUCUGUUUAUGUUGAGUUGGAUAAAAAGAAGGGUAAAUUCUAUGAAAUAGACAAAGUGAAUUUCAUGGUAGGGUCCUUGUGUGUGACCAAUUUGGGGAAAAUAAAUCCAGUAUUAUCCGACAAUUAUGAAGCUAUAAUUCCAGUAGGAUUUGUUUGUUCAAGAUUGUUUUGGUCAACAGUAGAACCAUGGAAGUUGGUGUGCUACAACAUAACAACGUCUCCAAAUACUAAUAAUUCCAAUACAUUCAUUACGGAUAAAAAUUUCACUAUAGACCACACCUUGCCCAAAACAGUCAUCGACAAGAAAUUUAGAGAACUUGGUGUAUGGCAGAAAGAUGUAGAAAAGAGGAAGAGCGAUUUGAUGGAAAUUGAUGAGGAUGAAGAGCCUCAAAAUACGGCAGAUAUUCUUUCUCCUGAGCUAACAGAUGCUAUUCUUAAGGAGCUUCCUCAUGAUCUUCUGGAUGGAAUUUCUGUUCAAGACAUUAUUCCUAAGUUGAUGCCUUUCGAAGAUCUUCAAAAUAUUGAUACCAGUAAUAGUGAAUCAAGCAAUACAGAGGAAUCUGAUCAUAGAUAUGGCAGAGAGUUGAAAAGAAAUAAAUCUGAUUUAUUUCUGCAAAUGAAUGAAAAUUUCGAAAAAGUUAAAGAUAAAAACAAUCAAAGAUCUUGUAGUGUUACUCUCAGUUGCAAAUUGGACAGGUCACUUUCUCCUGUGCUGAAAAAACGAAAAGUAGUGCCUUCUCAUGAAAAUAAUCUCUAUUUCAAGUUGUUGCAAGUUGAUGGCAAUUUUGAUGACAGUGCAAGUGAGUGUGGUUCGCCAACUAAGUCGAGUAGUAGUUGGCAAAUGAUUUCAGCAGAAGAACCAGUCACUUGUGAGAAAUGCCAAUGUACAUAUAGAACACAAGCAAGCUACAAAAGACAUUUAGAUAAUUGCGAAUUAUUAUGCACCAGUGAAAGUGAUUCUGAGUUAGUCCAUGAACAUGAAAGUAAUUCAUUCCAAGAAACCAGACUCACCACAUGCAUCAAUGCUCAGAUCGACAGUUCUAUUAUUAUGGACAACUCACAACCAGUUAUGAUAAAUUCAUAUGAAUCUUAUCAAAAUCAGCUUCACACAUCUGUUCUCAACACCUUUGUGAAGUCAAAGGCAUCACAAGUUAUUUCUACACCCCAGAAUCCAAGUGAAAUCAUAAUGCAAAAUUCGCAAUUGGACCAAAAGUCUAUACUUCCCACUCUAAUACCGACACAGUGCAAUAUUCAACACUCGGUAACACCAUUAAUGAAUCAACCAAGCAUCAACGAGAAUCACAAUGAUCAAACAUACACAAUAACUCAGCAGAAUAUUCCAAUGAAUGAAUCUAUGUCUGUUCCAAGUAAUCAAUCUCUGACAAUUCCGAAUAAUUUUUGUAUGAACCAAGCAGUGCCUUUAUGCGUUAAUCAGCCUCUACAUUUGCAAUCUAAUACAUUAGCUGUUAAUCAAACGCCCUCAUUAAUUGGAACUUCAAGUGGAAUGUUGAAUCCGAUCACAUUAAACCAGAUAACCCAACCUAAUAUACAGCAGUCAGUGGAAUUUCAGCAGCCGGUCACUUUACAGUCUGUACCAUUUGCGGGAAAUAUAAGCCAACCAAUCAUUAAUAUUGGUUCUCAAAACCCUAUCAGUCUGAAUGGAAAAAUUCUGUCCAAUAAUAAUGUUUUGAAUUCAAUGGUUACCCAAGCAGUAAAUAUGCCUUCAAAUCAAUGGAUGAAGCCAAUAGGGAAACCAAUGAUGCAAGAAAAAAUUAUGAAAGCUAGACCUCGUAACAAAACAAUUAUGUCCAAGAAAACCCUUGGUGAUAACGAAGCAGUAGUUAUGAAUACACAGACUUCAACUCCUGUGAUUUUGCAGCAUUUGCCUUCAACAAAUUUAGUACCAACUUUCGUAGACGCUUUCCAGCAACAAGCUGGCCAAAAUGUACAAUACAUAACAACUAUAACUCCUCAAAUCAACCAGGCUAUUCAAAGUCAACCUUUCGUUCAGAUACAGCCAGAUAAUAACCUUAUAAGUCUUGUCUCUGGAAUGCAACCAGUAAUUAUUCAACAGCCUCGGAUGCUUGAAAACCAAUUGGUGAUGGACAGUAAUGGGACUAUUUCAUGGGCCCAAGCGCCCCAAACAGUACAGCCAGUUUACUACGGGUUUGAAACAAUUGUUCAAAAUACAGUCAUGCAGUCUCAGCAGUUUUUGCCCACAACAGUUCCUGGAGUUUUGGCCACAAAUAGUUCCUAUUCAACUACUACUCAAGUUUUUCAAACUAGUAAACUAGAACCUAUGCUGGAUGUGGCUUCUAAUAGUUUUGUAUUAGUGAAUCCAGGGCAGCUUAUCACAUCUCAAGCCUCAGUAGAAAUUCCAAGAUAUUCGCAGCCUAUUAAGUCUAUUCCAACAACCACUCCAGUGGAACCGUUAAAUAGAGCUCAACCCGUCAAAUUUUCCAUUGUUACAACUGGCCCCACCCAUAAGCAUCCCCAACAAAUUAUUCAGCAACCUGCCAAUUCUAACAGUAUUCACCUUCCAACAACGCCAUUCGUUCAAGAACAAGGUAUACCGACUAAUAUUGUUACUCCAACACCCAAACCUGUACAGGUGCAAAAUCGACCAAUGAAUCGAGUUCUGCCAAUGCAAACUACUCAGUUCAAGGAUAAACAAGUUAUAAAGGCAUCCGAUGUUCAGAAACUCCAGGAAAUUCGAAAAACCAAAAUGGAGUUGCACUCUUUCAUCGAAAAUCACAAUAAUUUGGAAACCAAGAAGAAAUUGAUCGGUGAAAAUCGUAGUUCUUCUGUUGAUGUUCAUGAGGUGUUUAUUGAUGUACAAAAGCCUUUCUCCAAUAGACAGAAAUCAUUUCCAGAAGUGCACAAGUCUUGUUCUGAAAUGCAGAAGUUCAACACAGAUACAACAAAAUCCUUGCCAGAAUAUCAAAAAUCUCUUUCGGAUAUUCAAAAGUCGUUUUCUGAUGUUCAACGUUCAUUUUCUGAUGUACAGGCUUCGUUUGGGGAAGUUCAGAAGGUUUCGCCGAGUAAACAGAAUCAAGAAAUUCAAAGAACUGAGCUUGCAAAUCCUCCCUUGCUGGAAAUUCAAAAAACAGUAUGUUCUCUAGAAACAAGUAUGUCUACUGAGGAAUUAAACUCCAAAGAAUUGACUUCCCCAGUAAAUAUUCACAUGCCUAGUUUGAAUAUCCAAGAUUUUCAAUGUGAACUGAAUAAAUCUCCCAUUUUUGAGAACUUAGCUAUGGAGGUUGAUAACUUAACAACAUCAAAGCAAAAUAGUGUCCAGAAUUGUCCACCUAUUGAAAGCAUGAAAGAAAUUACAUUACCCAUCCCCAUGCAAACGGAAGAAACUUCUAUAGAAAACAAAGUCAAACUCUCUGCUGAUGAAUUGUUCAACAGUUUAAUUCAAGAUCAAAAGCUGCAUCACCCUGAAAAGCCUGUGGUGAAACCUGUACAAAAAGAAAAUAUCGACAUGAAGAAUGAAUCCUUGAGGAUUGUUUUCCAGAAACAAAGCAGAGAUGGUACUUAUAAAAUAAGUAAUAACUUCCUUUCUAAGAACUCAAAUGUCCAGGUUGCUCCUCUGAAGCCCAUCAAAUCAAAUAAUUCAACAUCACCUCUCACCCAAAUAAACAACCGAAUGAACAAUACUAUUCCUAAAUACAUGAAGAAGGAGAAGAAAGCUGUUGUGAAUUUCGACGUAAAACCUACUAUUCAAGAUAAGAAAGCAAAUGAUUCCCAAUCCAUUCUGUACACAAUUGAAACUCAAGAUGGUUUCAGAUAUACAUCUACAUCCGUUACUGAUUUGUGGUCAAAGGUAUUUGAAACUGUACAGAAUGCAAGAGCUGCUCACAACAUGCCUCCUUUACCACAACAAUCUCAGAAUGCUAUCAGUGAUCUGAAUGUGUUAGGGUUGAAACACAAUGGGCUGAAAUAUUUAUUGGAACAGUUACCAGCAGUUUCCAAAUGUUCAAAGUAUAAACCUAGCUACCAUUUUUCAACUGUGAAUAUCGAUCUUGAUGAUGAAUAUGCAGUUGGAAAUUCUUUUGGGUCCGUCAGGUGUGCACCUCAUACGAAAAGAUACAAUCAAUAUGAUAUGUUUGGAUGGUUAUCUUCCAAGCACCGUAGACCUGAGAACACAGUUAUCUACGAUAUGGAACUUCCAAGGAGAGGAUCGAUUAACAAUUUACCAAUGGCGAUGAGGUUCAGGCAGUUAAAAUUAACAUCAAAGUAUUCCGUUGGAGUAUACCGUUCCAACAUUCAUGGAAGGGGCUUAUUCUGCCUUAGAGAUAUUGAGGCUGGAGAAAUGGUGAUAGAAUAUGCAGGAGAGGUUAUCAGGUCUAUUUUAUGUGACAAACGUGAGAAGGAAUACAACCAGAAAGGAAUAGGUUGUUACAUGUUCAGAAUUGAUGAUAAUUUGGUAGUUGACGCUACAAUGAAAGGCAAUGCAGCUCGAUUCAUCAAUCAUUCUUGUGAUCCAAACUGCUACUCGAAGGUGGUUGAAAUCCUUGGCCAUAAACACAUCAUAAUAUUUGCACUAAGGCGAAUUAUUUACAGUGAAGAACUAACUUAUGACUAUAAGUUUCCAUUUGAAGAAGACAAAAUCCCUUGUACAUGCGGAACACGCAGAUGUCGCAAAUUUCUCAACUGAUAUUCAGUGCUUCUCGUACGUUGUACGUUAUUUCAUGUAUCAUAAGAGUGUAAUUAACGUUGUACAUAUUUCUAGACAUUUUUGUAAUUUCUUCCUUGAAACCAGUAUGAGAUACAAAUUAUAUGACCACAUUCCAUUGGCCGUUCAAUGGAAUAUAUUUUCAAUAGUGUCUUUAUUUUGAUGACUGUUGGAAUGUGGCCAAAAAUUUGGUGGAGUUUAGGCUGGUCUAUAUAUAGCACCUACAUUGUCCACGAACAUUUAUUAAAUUCAUGGAAUCUUGAAAUUAAAUUUGUAAAGUCGGUUUUUUGAGAAAUUUAUUUAUUAAAUUUGGCUGUGAGGUUUUAUGCGUUUGUGCCAUUGGCUCUGUAGGUGUUAUGUGUUGUUUCAAAAUUCGUUAUAUGUAAGAUGCUAUGUGAUAUGUUGCAUAUAGUUCUUUAAAAUUUAUCUUGUUGAAUUGAUUAAUGCUUUCUAUCUUCAGCUAUACUAAAUGUCCGCUAUUAUAUUUGCACCUUUCUUAAAUAUUAAGAUUGUGCAUUGGAAUCCACUAUGACUUGAAAUGGGUCGGCAAAGUUUACUUAGAAUCAUAUCAACAUCACAUGACAACCGUGCAUCUACCAGAAAUCCAAGUUCGUAAAUAUGAUAUCACUUUGCCACACAAAUUUUAUAGGUAUCUUUUGAGGAUCUAUGCUGAAGGUCGUGUCUAAAUGUAUUUUUAUUUUGGUCUCUUAUCUCUAUUACUAUGUCAGAAACUCUAGUCAGUGAACCAUGGCGACUAACUUCAGUUACUUCCCACCUGUGAUUUUUACAUGCUUUCUUGAAAUCUUUCCAGAUUUCUAAAACAAAUCCGAAGUGUCUCUUAUACAGAAUUAUUUGAUAACAUUAAAAACAUCACGAAAUUCUUCCGGAAAUCUAUACAACUUCAUUCUUCGAAUUCAUUCAUACAAACAGAAUAUUUUUCUCAUCCACAUCUAUGAG